AUGGCACCCCAUUCCAAGGACGCGCUUCUAUCCCGACGCUACAUCGAAGGCCAAAUAGCUGCCGGAAAACAUGUCAUCAUCUUCGACGACCGCGUUCUCAAGGUCGAUUCAUGGAUCAAAUUUCACCCUGGAGGUGAUAAGUCGAUCAAGCACAUGGUCGGCCAAGAUGCCACCGACGAAAUCAAUGCGUUACACUCCGUAGAGGCUCGCCAACGCAUGUUGACUUUCCAGAUCGGUCGCAUCCAGGGACCAUGGGUGAACUUUCUGCCUCCGAUCCAGGGCGGCAAGUUCCGUCCCUACGACGAAAACGCCGAUGGCGAGGAAGACGAUACCUCCGGCCAGUCCCAACCCCCGUCGCCUCUUUUUGAUGCAGUAGACGCUGCCUCAGGUGUUCGUCGACAGUCUAUAUCUUCCGACACCUCCGUCUCGACCCCUCCUAGCGAAUUAUCCGAACCCAAGCCUUUCUUUCUCGACGCCCGGACCCGGGAGGAAAUUGUCCUCGACACCGCAAAGUAUCCGUCUUUAGACGCGAAAACGCAGCAGGAUAUUAAACAGAAGUAUCGCGAGUUGAACAGGCGGAUCGAAGCGGAAGGACUGUAUGAGUGCAACUAUUCCUCGUACUUCAUCGAGGCCUGUCGAUACACCCUAUUCGCCGGCACCUCUUACUUCUUUCUUCGCCUGGGGUGGUACUUGGUCUCGGCCUUUUUCCUAGGAUGCUUCUGGCACCAACUUGUCUUUAGUGCACACGAUGCAGGCCACAUCGCCAUCACUCAUAAUUACCAGGUGGACAGCACAAUUGGGAUACUCAUUGCCGACUAUCUCGGCGGACUUAGCCUAGGAUGGUGGAAAAGGAGCCACAAUGUCCACCAUAUCGUGACGAACGAACCUGAACAUGACCCGGAUAUCGAGCAUAUGCCCUUCUUCGCCAUCUCCCACCGCUUCUUUUCGAACCUACGAAGCACGUACUACGACCGCAUCAUGUACUUCGACGCCUUCUCCAACUUUAUGCUCAAAUACCAGCACUACCUGUACUACCCUAUUCUCCUCUUCGGUCGCUUCAACCUUUACCGACUAAGUUGGGAAUAUCUGAUCCUCGGUCAGGGACCCCGAAAGGGCCCAGCCUGGUGGCACCGUUGGUUCGAAAUCGCCGGUCAUAUCUUUUUCUGGACCUGGUUCGGCUAUGGCGUCCUCUACUGCUCAAUUCCCACCUGGGGCAGCCGCAUUGGCUUCCUCUUUAUAUCCCACAUGGUCACCGCACCCGUCCACGUGCAAAUUACACUUUCCCACUUCGCAAUGUCAACUGCGGACUUGGGCGUACACGAAUCAUUUCCCCAAAAGAUGCUCCGCACAACCAUGGACGUUGACUGCCCGACCUGGUUAGACUUCUUCCACGGCGGUCUUCAAUUCCAGGCAAUCCAUCACCUCUACCCGCGUAUUCCGCGCCAUAACCUGCGCCGCACGCAGAAGCUUGUUCUGGAAUUUUGCCGCGAUACGGGCAUCCCGUACGCGCUCUUCACUUUCACAGACGGAAAUAAAGAGGUCAUUGGGAGACUUGGCGACGUUGCAAAGCAGGUUCGCAUCCUUGAGGAGUGCAGGAAAUCGUGCGCGCAGCAGGGCGUUUUCUCCGAUCACCAUUAG